AUUUGAUGUUUACCAGAAUCAAUUCUAUGAUUUUUCAUAAUCGGUUCCAAAAGUGAUUUGUUUUUAUUCAUCAUCCACCAAAUCAGUUAUAAUAUUUUAGAACCAAUUCCCCUCAUUUACGUUGUACAUGAUUAAAAGGGGGAUAAUAUUGUAAACAUUUCUUUCCUUCUAAUAAGCUAUGUUUACUCGUAAUUCAGUCAUUCAGAGUCUCUUUUAACAGUAAAUCAACACAGCCUUGACAUUGAAUAAAAUCUUGACCUUGCGGGAAGACUUUUUGUUCUUUGCAUCGAAGUCAAAAGGAUACCGUGUUUGUGUUUACAGCAUGCAGCAUGAUCAUGGAUGCCCGUCACUGCUCACGUAAGCAGUCCCUGCGUUCAUCUUCCAAUCAAUUUUUGAGGAAUAGCACCGGAGAUUCUUAAUAAUGUCGGAAACGAUUAGAGAAAACGACGACAGAUCAACGUUGAAAACGUCGAGAAGCUCCAGGUUCUGGCCUCGUUGGAUUCCCACUUCCGUCGAUGAUAUCAUCGCUGCCGAGAAGCGCCUUCUCUCCGUCGUCAAAACCGGUUGUGUUCAAGAGCACGUUAACAUAGGUUCUGGUCCUCCUGGCUCUAAAGUGAGAUGGUUCCGUUCAGCUAGUAACGAGCCGCGGUUUAUUCACAGCGUCACAUUUGACAGUAAACCUGAUGCUCCUACGCUUGUGAUGAUUCAUGGUUAUGCUGCUUCCCAGGGGUUCUUUUUUCGCAAUUUUGAUGUGCUUGCCUCUCGAUUUAGAGUCAUUGCUGUUGAUCAACUUGGCUGGGGUGCAUCAAGCAGACCUGAUUUUACUUGCAAAAGCACUGAAGAAACUGAGGCAUGGUUCAUUGAUUCUUUUGAGGAAUGGAGAAAAGCCAAAAAUUUGAGCAAUUUUAUACUACUUGGACAUUCUUUUGGUGGUUAUGUUGCUGCUAAAUAUGCGCUCAAGCACCCUGAGCAUGUACAACACUUGAUUCUGGUUGGAUCUGCUGGAUUUUCAUCAGAAUCAGAUGCAAAAUCUGAGCGGAUUACAAGGUUUCGAGCAACAUGGAAGGGAGCAGUUUUGAACCAUCUGUGGGAAUCUAAUUUUACACCUCAAAAACUUGUCAGAGGUUUAGGUCCUUGGGGUCCCAACAUAGUCCGCAAGUAUACAAGUGCUAGGUUUGGUACACAUUCUACUGGGGAAAUACUAACAGAAGAGGAAUCAACAUUGCUGACAGAUUAUGUUUACCACACACUGGCGGCCAAAGCUAGUGGGGAGCUGUGCUUAAAAUAUAUUUUUUCAUUUGGAGCAUUUGCUAGGAUGCCCCUUCUUCUCAGUGCCUCCGAUUGGAAGGUGUCCACCACUUUCAUAUAUGGUUUCGAAGACUGGAUGAAUUAUCAGGGUGCCCAAGAAGCUCGUAAGCAUAUGAAGGUUCCAUGCGAAAUCAUCAGGGUUCCUCGGGCCGGGCACUUUGUGUUCAUUGACAACCCAACUGCCUUCCAUUCAGCUGUUUUUUAUGCUUGUCGAAGAUUUUUUAUUCCUGAUCCAGACAGCGAAUCUCUUCCUAAUGGGUUAACCUUUGCAUAGUCUUGGUCUUAGUGCCAACCCCUCCUAUAUGUGCAUGUAUAGUUUCACCGAACCUUUUACAUAGACCAAUUUAUAAUUACAACUUCAACAAAAAAAGAAAGAAAGAAACCAUUUGUAGUAGAAAUUUCAGUUUUACUGAAAUUUGUUCCAUUCAAAGCUUCUUUACCCAUUCGAUAGAUAUGCUGUGAAGGUAAAUUUAGAAAUUAUUGUAAUAUGAGCAAAUAUCUUUUAUGAGAGAAAAUAAAAUAUCUUCUGAUUUAUUGGUUGA